AUGCGAUUGUGUCGAAUUUUCUCAUGCUUAGCCCUCACUGCAGGUGCUUUAGCAGACAGGUCCCCGUAUCCACCGGGAUCAGGACCUAUAUCUGGUCACCAAAAAGCGCCAACUGAUAACUCAGACAAUAGUCUUCCUCUCGAUCUUGGUUCUUCUCCUUUGGUAAUCAUUGAACAAGACGGGUACGAUGAUUACAGUGAACCAAGGAAGGACGUUUACAUCUCCCCAAAGCCGCUUCUUGUACCUCAAGACAAGCUUCCAAAGCCCUAUUCUGAUAGGGUCGAAAUCGAGAACAUCGAGAUUAUCGAAAAAGAUGGUUUUGAGAGGGGAAAUAUCGAGGAGGUCGAUAUUGAGGUCGUAGAUAUUGGGGGUUUCUCUCCCGAAUAUAGGAUGUACCCUCCCCCUCCUCCGCAUCCACACUUUGCUCACCCUGAGUACGAAGAGUUUAACGCUCCUCCUCCUCCUCCUCCUCCUCAUUUUUUUCCUCAUCCCGAAGAGUUUCAAGGAACUCCUCCUCCUUUCCCUCCUUACGGUCCCCCUCCUCCAGAAUUUUAUGGAUUACCUCCACCACCUGACUUUUAUGAGGAACAACCAUAUAUCAUGGGCCCCCCACCUAUUCCCAUGAUGAUGAGUCCUCCCCUACCUCAAAUUCCGCCGAAGAAGGCAGAAAAGUCGAAGGGAGGAAAUGUUUACGAUAAAAACUCCAACGUGGGCAACAAUGUGAAGGAGGCCUCGGCAGUCAACAAGGCAAAAGGAAAUAACUUUGCUAUUCCCGGCCAAUCUACCGCCGCUCUUGACAGUUCAAAUCUCAACCAAGAUUUUGCAGUAGCAAAGUCUGUGGAGAAGAAUAUCAACAUCGAUGUGAACGCCGCCGAAGGGGGCACGGAGUCUCCCCAGACUCAGAUACAGACCCAGUUCCCCGGCGGAGAGGUUGGUCCUCUUCAGCAAGGACAGACUUUUCUACCAGGCGGUGUUAUGCCUAUUGGUAUGACUGAUAUCGUAUUCCCAGAUAUCAUCAUCACAAACGCCAACGACAUCAACAACGCCAACGAGAAUCAGAAUCAGGUUGCCGCAAACAACGAGAAUGCCAAUAACAAUCCCAAUGCUCUCGGAAAUGAAAACUCGGCCGCAAGCUUCCAGGAGUUCUCUGAGCAGAAUUACGCAGAAAAUAACUUUCAUUUUAAUGAGGAGAAGAACUUCUUUUACAUUAACGCUAUUGGUGAGAGCGUUCCUGUGCAGGUUGAGGUUCCAGUAGAGGUUCCUGUAACGAAGGUUAUUCCCAUUACGGAGACAAUCCAGGUCCCAGAGGUUAUAACACCUUGUGUGACCUGCCCUCCUCAGACCGAAUAUAUUCCGUAUACUCAAGUUGUUUCAUAUGAGACCGUCGUUGAGCAGAUUCAACUCCCUGGCCAGACUAUCAUUGAGCAGAUCCAGCUUCCAGGAGAGACUGUUAUCGAGAAGAUUCAACUCCCAGGAAAGACGGUCUAUGAACAGCUCCCUGGCGAGACUGUCAUUGAGCAGAUCGUCCUCCCAGGAGAAACAAUCUUCCAGAUUGUCGAGGUGCCCGUUCCGGUCACUGUUCAAGUGACAAAGACUCUUCCGGCUAAAACCAUUAUUGAAAAAGAAAGUGUAAUUAUCGAAAACGAAAUUCUAGUCACGAUUCCUGCCAAGACCAUCAUUCAACAGGAAAGUGUUGUCGUUACAAAUGGGGUGCUUGUUACACAGGCCCCCAGGACAAUCCUCGAAGAAAUUUACGUUUCAGAGCAAAUCAGGGUCCCUUACACUGUCACCCAGCAAGAACAAAUCUAUGUUUCGGAGCAGAUUCGCGUUCCCGUCACCGUCGUUCAACAGGAGCAAAUCUACGUUUCUGAGCAGGUUAAAGUGCCAGUAACAGUGACUGUUAAUGAACAGGUUUACGUCUCCGAGCAGGUUAGGGUGCCCGUCACUAUCACUCAACAGGAGCAGAUCUAUGUCUCUGAGCAAGUCAGAGUGCCGGUCACGAUCAAGGAAGAGGAACUUAUUUAUAUCAGCCAGCAAGUAGAGGUCACCAAGUUUGUCACCGUUCCUGGAAUCGCCACUCCCGUCCCUACCACUGUUACUGAGGAAGUCGUUCUCCCUGCUCAAGUCAUCACCACUUUCCUACCUGGUGUUCCCACUCCAGUCGUUCAAACCGUCCAAGUUACCGAGGCUGUAACUGUUCGAGAGAAGGAAGAGGUCUAUAUCUCCGAGCAGGUUCGCGUGCCAGUUACUGGCAAGGAGGAGGACAUUAUAUAUGUUACUCAGAAUGUUAUCGUCACCGAGGUUGUCUCAGUCGCUGGUAUCGCGACUCCAGUCCUCACCACGGUUACUGAGGAGGUCGUCGUUCCAGCGCAGGUCAUCACUACAUACCUUCCUGGCGUGGCUACCCCUGUCGUCCAGACCGUUCAGGUUGUUGAUGAGGUCCAGGUUCCUGUUCCUGUCACAGUUAAGGAGCAGGUCUACGUCUCGGAGCAAGUACCAGUUACCGUAUCAGUAGAGGAAUUAGUUUAUAUCACCAAAGAAAACAUCGUCACCGAAUUUGUUUCCCAACCAGGCUUCGCCACUCCAGUCCCCACUACUAUCUAUGAAGAAAUUCGGGUUCCAGCUGAAGUUAUCCAGGGGGUUAUUACUACAUAUCUCCCUGGAGUCGAAACACCAGUUCUCCAAACAGUUUUUAUUACUCAGGAUAUCGAGUUUCCUGCCGCACCCCCAGCCACUGUUGUCAUCACCGAGAAUAAUGUUGUCCAGACCUUCGUCACCUCACCACCAAUCGUCAUCACUGAAGCUCCCUUGUUUGUCACAUUACCAGCAGAGACAGUGGUUGUUCCUGGAGAGGUUUACACAACCGCUGUUUGUGAAGAAUGCCCUAUUAUAACUGUCACAGCGCCUGCGGAAACUUUCGUACAGCCUCCGGUAGUCGUCACCCAGCCAGGCCAGGCGGUUACAAUUCCUGGAGCAAUUCAGGUUAUUACAGAAAUUCAGGAGGUUCCAGUUGGAUAUCCUAUCGCUGGACCCACCGUUCAACUUCCCGGUGAAGUUGUCCAGGUCCCUGGCCCUGCUAUCCAAGUCCCCGGCCCUACCGUUGAGCUUCCUGGUGAAGUUGUCCAGGUACCCGGUCCUGCUAUCCAAGUCCCCGGCCCUACCGUUCAGCUUCCUGGUGAAGUUGUUCAGGUCCCCGGCCCGACUGUUCAGCUUCCUGGUCAAGUCACCGAGGUUGGAUAUCCCGUCCCAGGCCCUACCGUCCGACUUCCCGGUGAAGUUGUUCAGGUCCCUGGCCCUGCUAUCCAAGUCCCCGGCCCUACCGUUCAGCUUCCUGGUGAAGUUGUUCAGGUCCCCGGCCCGACUGUUCAGCUUCCUGGUCAAGUCACCGAGGUUGGAUAUCCCGUCCCAGGCCCUACCGUCCGACUUCCCGGUGAAGUUGUUCAGGUCCCUGGCCCUGCUAUCCAAGUCCCCGGCCCUACCGUUCAGCUUCCUGGUGAGGUUGUCCAGGUACCCGGUCCUGCUAUCCAAGUCCCCGGCCCUACCGUUCAGCUUCCUGGUGAAGUUGUUCAGGUCCCCGGCCCGACUGUUCAGCUUCCUGGUCAAGUCACCGAGGUUGGAUAUCCCGUCCCAGGCCCUACCGUCCGACUUCCUGGUGAAGUUGACCAGGUCCCUGGCCCUGCUAUCCAGGUCCCUGGCCCUACCGUUCAGCUUCCUGGUGAGGUUGUUCAGGUACCCGGUCCUGCUGUCCAAGUCCCUGGUCCUAUUGUCCAAGUCCCAGGUCCUUCUGUACAGGUACCUGGCCCAGCCUUCCAGCUUCCUGGUGAAGUUAUUCGGGUCCCCGGAGGUGCCGGCAAUUCUACUGAAAACAAUGUUUUAACCCCUUCGCCUGCGCUGGUACCUUCUCCACAACAGCCUGGCCCUGUCGCCCAAGCACCACAACCACCAUUCGAACUCUCGGGCCCUACACCUUUCGUCAAGCCUCAAGUUGAAGGACAAUUCUGUACCGACUGCUUCAACACUGAGAAUGAAUAUGAGUUUGAUGUGGAGCUACCCUCUUCCUCCGAGGCUGCCCCUGAGGCACCUUCGCAAGGAACUUCUCAAUCACCUCCUGGUUCUCAGGCUUCUGGCCCAUCUUUGGGAGCGGCUGGAUCUUCUGGUUCGCUAGUUUCUUUACCCGCCUCAGGCUCAGAGUCUGCACCACCGGUAGGAGCUGGUUCUGCCCCAGCUUCUGGCUCUGCUCCAGCAUCUGGAUCCGCCCCAGCUUCCGGCUCCGUUCCCGCGUUAGGCUCCGUCCCAGUAUCUGGCUCGGCCCCAGCUUCUGGAUCUGCCCCAGGAUCUGGCUCCGCCCCAGGAUCUGGCUCCGCCCCAGGAUCUGGCUCCGCCCCAGUGUCAGGUUCCGCCCCAGUAUCUGGCCCUGCUUCAGGAUCCGGAUUCACACAAGGGUCAGGAUCUUCUCCGUCAUCAGGAUCUUCGGGAUCCGCACCCGCCGUACCAGUUACUCCCGGCCCAGGAUCUCCAGGCUCAGGUUCCGCGCCUGCCUCUGGCUCCGCGCCUGGUGCUGGUUCUGGUUCUGGCUCCGUACCCGUCUCUGGCCCCGCACCUGGUUCUAGUUCCGCAGCUGGUUCUGGUCCCGCACCUACUUCUGGUUCCGCACCUGGCUCUGGCUCCGCGCCUAGUGCUGGUUCUGGCUCUGGCUCCGUACCCGUCUCUGGCCCCGCACCUGGUGCUGGUUCUGGUUCUGGCUCCGUACCCGUCUCUGGCCCCGCACCUGGCUCUGGUUCCGCAGCUGGUUCUGGUCCCGCACCUGCUUCUGGUUCCGCACCUGGCUCUGGCUCCGCGCCUAGUGCUGGUUCUGGUUCUGGCCCCGCACCUGGUUCUAGUUCCGCAGCUGGUUCUGGUCCCGCACCUGCUUCUGGUUCCGCACCUGGCUCUGGCUCCGCGCCUGGCUCUGGCUCCGCGCCUGGCUCUGGCUCCGCGCCUGGCUCUGGCUCCGCGCCUGGUGCUGGUUCUGGUUCUGGCUCCGUACCCGUCUCUGGCCCCGCACCUGGUUCUGGUUCCGCAGCUGGUUCUGGUUCCGCACCUGCUUCUGGUUCCGCACCUGGCUCUGGCUCCGCGCCUGGUGCUGGUUCUGGCUCUGGCUCCGUACCCGUCUCUGGCCCCGCACCUGCUUCUGGUUCCGCAGCUGGUUCUGGCCCCGCAGCUGGUUCUGGUUCCGCACCUGGCUCAGGCUCUGUAUCUGCCUCAGGACCCGCUCCAGCAGCCGCUGCUCAAGGAGGACAAGCUCCACCAUCUCCUGAGGAGCCCGAGCAGUUCGAGGGUGCGGCCUCCCGCACUCGUACCGGCGUCUUUGCCAUCGCUAUCGCACUCGGUAGUAUGGCAAUCGUGCUGUAA